UUUAACUUAAAGUACAACCAAUCAUUAAUAUAAUAAUAUUAUAAUAUCUAUCUUACAAAUUAUAAUGCUUCAGAUACAAGUAUUAACAACACCUUUAAAUCAGUAUUUCCUUACUUUCAGGAUUAAAGAGGGAUUGAAUUAGUAUUUUAAAUAAUUUCUAAUUUUUGACCCAGCUCCUUAAAAUGUUGACGUAUCCAAUUUAAAAUAAAUGGUACAAAACGUAAUGCACUAUGUAUAAAUACCGAAUGCAAUACAUACCUGGCUUCUUAUCCUUCUCUGUUAUCUCUGUUUAUUUUGACCUGGUCUUUAGCCUAUAUCUCAGUAAAUAAAUCCCAAAUUCGAAAACUCUAAUUCUCCCCACCCCUUCUGUCUUCCUCUAUGAUAAAUUCAAGGUAUACGUUUUCGCUAUCUUCUAAUUCAUUUCCUUUUAUUACUCUUUUCUCUAUGUUCCAUGAUAUCAACCGUCGAGUACAUCACUACAAAUGGGAAGCUUCACCGGCAACUUCGAUAAUCAAGAAAUGAUAAACUUUCACCACCAUCGCGUCAAAGUCGUCGCCUCUGAGAACCCUAACCCUAACCAACGUUCACAACCACCGCCACUCGGCUCACACUCCAUUACCGGUUGUUUGUUUAAUUUCCAGAUAUAACGAUGCUCACAUCUCCACCCAUGUCACUGCAUGCCACCACAAUGGGCAGCGGUCAUCAUGACAUUCACCACCAUUACUGAUCAUCUGAAUCUUAUCCUUCAUCUUCAUUUUCUCUCUAAACCAAAUUCUAGAUCCAUGGCCUUCACAUCUCAUAUUCAUAUUUACCACCUUACAGGGUAUGCAAUUUAUAGAGAAUAUUUCCAUAGAGGAGGAAGUGGAAUCUGGAGUAAGAAAGCGACAUGAAUCAGGAAAAGAGGGUUUCAUAGGUUUGAAAGAGGCUUUCUAGAUGAAAAUGAACCAGAACCCGAUUAAAAUCCGAUUUGUUAUUUAGGAUUUGGAACUUUUGAUGUACUUUAAAAGAGGAGCCUUUGAUUGUAUAACAAUAUGUACUAUAUAGUGAUUCACGCUCAUAUGUUCAUAUGUGGAUACUUACAAUGAUAACAGUGGUGAAAGCAUAUGGAGAAGACAAUCAUCAAAUGGUUUUAGACAAAAAAGGGGUUUCUAGAUAGAGACGAUCUUGGAUUGGAUAAAGUUACUGACAAGAGAAAGAAGAAUCAGAUGCAAAAUAUUGGGUUAUUAUUAUUUGAAAACACCAUUGAAAGAGGAGCAAUUGCAAAAAAGAAGCAAUUCAUAUGAAGAUGGCUUGGUGUAACUUGAGAGUUUGGUAUACAUGCGAUCUUCCACCUUCAUCGUUUGGAGCACAUGGUCCUGCAAAGGCCAAUGUCAAUGCUGCUGCCUCUUCUUCAGUCCAUGCAACUAUUGUUUGUACAUCAUCAGUACCCGGUCCACCAACUCAAGGAACAUAUGUUGCUGCACAUGGGAUUUACAUUUCUUAGAUCAUCCAUCUAAAGCAAAAAAUUUGUUGGCAGCUAGAGGUCUGUAACAUGAAAGGAACCCUCAAACAUUGAGUUUUAUGAGUGGUAAAUUUGGCAGGUGGUAAUUAAGAACAAAAUGAAUAGGUAUCCAAAUUUAUUUUGUUUUCAAACUAUGAGUAAAAAAUGUGCAAGUUCAACUGUUUGAAGACAUAGUUUUCUUCUUCUGAUUUGUUGAAAUCCUCCUCUUAACAUGGCGUUAUUCUUUUUUUCUUAUGUAGUUUUGUAGGUG